AUACAACAAAUAUUUGACGUUGAUUGGCAGUGUAUAAAAAAAACUGAUUAUCUUAAUAAAUAAUAGUUUCAUUUAAAUUUAACAAUUUUACCAACGAUUAAUAGCAUUCCCAUAAAAUUUUGUACAAUUUGUUUAUUUAAGAGAAAAGUUUAUGGUAAAAACUGAAGUAUACCACGAAAACAUUACUUUGUGCAAGUGAAAGUGUUGGGGCGUAGGUGCAUGUAAGAAAUUUUAUUGGGGUUAAGCAUCGAAUUCAACAGUUACUUUAAAUUCCUACAUAAUUCAUAUAUCACUAUCUUUCCGCCCAUACAAAUGAUUUCGAUAUCGCAUAGAACUCCAAGUAACAAAGGAUAAAUGCGUGCGAAUGUCGGACUGAUGUUGUCGCAUGGGGCCAGCGAAACCAUUAUGUCGCGACCUGACUACGAGCAAAAUGCGCUACAUCAUGGUUGUUUAUUGGUGCUGCUGCGAGGCGUAGGACCAUCUAAACCACGUUCGCUACAGAAAGCGUUUGAUAAGGUUCGCCGCGUCAGCAAUGUGAAAAUAAAUGAUUCCUCAGGUAUUACUCGUGACAUUUGGGUACGCUACAUACACGACCAUCCAGUAGAAAAUAAUGAUUGGGGUGAUUUUCAAACUCAUCGUCGUCUAAUCGGAUUGAUAACUAUUGGCAAAUUCGACAGUCAAACGGAGUUAAAUGAGCUUUGUAGGCAGCAUGAAUCUCUGAAAGUGCGCUACAGUGGGACACUAUAUGACUCGCGUGCAAUAUUCUUUGGUCCAUCACCAGCAAACGAUGCUGAUAAAGUAAAUUCGGCUGGCGGCGACCAGAACAGCGAAGAUUCUUCUUCUCCGCGAUUAAGUGAUAACGUCAAUGUAAAUUGUAAUGUUGUUGCAAAACCUUAUCGCCGACUGCAAGAUGAAUUUACCACACCCUCUAAUUUUAAGGCUCAAGCAUUUUUCUACCGAGAACAGGAUUCUUGUAGCGAUUUGGAGUCGCAUAUAGCUGAGUUCAUACAUUCGCUGUUUUGGGUAUUGGAAUCGAAACGAUUGGAUAGAUCACGCGAAAAGGUAGAAAAAGUUAGUUUACUGCUUGCACCUAUCGAGAAACGCGACUUUGUCGGACUCGAUAUGGAUUCGCGCAGUAAUCGGAAACGCUGUGUUGGACGAGUCACGAAAAAUUUGGCCGAUUUAUCGCUUCAAGCAGGACUCGUUGAAGAUGCAUUAGGGUUAUACCAUAGUGCUUGCGAAACUUUGCGUGCCAUAGGCGAUUCAUUGUGGGUGGGAGCAUCCGAAGAAGGUUUAUGUUCAGCGUCAGCAAUACUCUUAUAUCCACAUUUGCGUGAAAAUGAAACGCUUCAUCGAAACUCGUCACUGCAAGAUGGAUCAUCGCCCUUGCGUAGCACACCGGAAAAGUGGCGGGCUAGUGAUAUGACAGUAAAAGUACAUUCGUUCGAGCAACAGCACAAUUCCCACACUGACGUUCAUGCCGUCACCCCGACAGUGCAAAUGGCAUCCGCAUCUUCAUCCUGCUCUUCGGUAUCUUCCAUAUUAACGAACUCAUCGCCAUCCGGUACGCCGACAUCAUCCUCUUCUACAUCAACUAUAUCGGCAGCACAGCAUGGUGCGCGUACGACGGAAUUACCUGGCAACAUACUAAAACCAGAUGAACUUCAUGGCUACUAUAGACGUUCAAUUAUUAAUUACAGUAAAUACCGUAAUGCCGCUGUAAUAGAGACGGAGGCAGCGUUGAAAGCGGCACGCAUUUGCAUAGAACAGAAUCGACCUCUAGAUGUCGCCAUGUUUUUGCAAAACAUACUCUAUGUAAAUGUGAGCUUAAGUGAGCCAGAGCGUGUGAAACGUUUCGAGGUGAUUACCGAGCUGUAUCAUCAAAUCGGCUAUCGACGCAAGGCAGCCUUCUUUCAACGCCUAGCAGCACUCAAAUAUGUACAGCACGGCAAUCCGAAUCCCGAUUGGUCGCAGACAUACCGCUUAAUGUUGGAGAGUUUUUCUGGUUACCUACUUUCGCUAGACCCAAUGGAGGUGAUCGAUAAUGCUGCAGGUUGGCCUGCGCUGCAAAUAGAUUUAUUGCAAGGUGUGAUAGCAGCGGCCCGUCGUUUAGGGCAUUCGGCGCUAGCUACGCGCCACAUGACUUUCUUGCUGCAGACACAAUGGGCGCAUAUGUCACCGACGGAGCAAAGUGAAAUGUCUGUGCAAUUACAAAACUUAAGUGCGCAGUGUGAAGGCUCACCAGUGCCUUUAGUGCUAGAAAAUGGCACUGUUAUACCGCCAGCCAAUCUGACAGAUUUGCCGUAUUGCAUUGAUUUGGUAGUGCGGGAUUUGCCGGCACAUUUGCGGCCGCAGCGAAUAAAAAUCGCCAAGGCGGACAGUGGACCUUUCCUAUUCACACCGAUACACCUAAAUUCGAUGGAUAGGCGGGAAAAGAAACGCGAGAAGCAUAAAAUUGGGUUUUUCUGGGUACAAAACAAUUUAAGCGAAGUAGCGAUACGACUACGUAAUCCACUACCAUUCGAGUUGACUGUUAGCGAUAUGCGUUUAUUGACCAAUGGUAUCGUAUUUGAAUCGUUGCCACAAACUGUGAUUCUACAACCGCACGUGCCAACUACUGUCACCCUACAUGGCACACCCAUCGAGGUCGGCCAGUUGGAGAUUCAGGGUUAUAGCACGCAUGCGCUUGGAGUCAAGUCGAAUUGUCGUUUGAAAAACAUGCGUGGUCGCAAAUUUCCGCCCAACUACUUAGUGGAUGUGAUACCGGCUCUACCACGGAUUUCUGUCAAGACUUCAUUACCACAAACAGCUACAUUCAGUCAACUGGCUAGCUCAGACAUUGUCAUUACGUCCGCCAGCUUAACGUUAUAUAACGGUGAGUCGUCGUCUUGCAUUAUAAACAUCACAAAUGAGAGUCCACUGCCAGUGGAACACUUAGAGAUAAGCAUCAAUUCGAACGUAGAGCAAGAAGUACAGAAGAAAAUCUUCAGAAUUGAUGAGAAAGAAUUGCAAUCAAAACUCCCCAUUCAACCUAAUAGCUCAAUUGAUUUCACGGCACAUAUUUAUGGCGAAGCCGACUUCGUUUGUCCCAUAGUGAGUCAGCGCGCCGCAUCGGUGCAUUCUAGUAGUACAGUAACGGCUGCAUUGCAAGCAGAUUAUCCCGGUGCUACGAUUGGUGGUGGCCCACAUUCUUUACAGUAUUCUAAUCUAUCAUCGGGUCACGCCAGUUUGCCUUCGCGCGUUAGUUCACCUAACCAACAACAAUCGUCAUACAACCGACGUCAUGAUCCAAAUAAUCUAAGCUUUCGAUCAUCUACAUCAGGUGGCACCAACACCGGUGGAACGCCAUCAUUAGCAGCGCUUAGUUUGCCAGUGGCUGGUUCACAAGGUACUCAGGGCUAUGGUCAACAUGUUGAAGCACAGUUUCGAAUAAAAUAUUCAGGCGGCGAGGGUAUGCAGGAAGGCUAUUGUCGUCAAUGUGCAAUAUCGUUUAAUCUGGAAUUGUUGCCAAGUGCACAGAUAACGAGCUGGGAUGUGCUACCAGCUGAAAUUCCCUCGCAAUUCUAUUUGGUGCUGGAUGUAUCCAAUUUGACUGCUCAAGAAAUGUCGCUUAACUACACCAACAACAAGAGUAUACUGAUCGAGGCCAAAGAGAGUUGUCGUGUACCGAUACCAGUCGAUCGUUGUUCGCUAGAACAAGUGGUAGCGGCGCGUGAAGCGGAAUAUGCUGAAAAUAUGGAAAAAGACCUAUGUUACCGCACACAACUACUUUCAUUUAGCGACAGUAUUAGUAAACUAUGCUCGGAACACAUAGCAGAACGUGUAAAAAUUAGUUGGCUGCUCACGGGUACUGAUAUACAGGGUAUAGCGUCAUUGCACGGUAUCGUACUGACAUCUGCUAUGAUUGAUUUAACAACCGUAUCGCCCCUUCAAUGGAUGGUCUCCUUCCAAAAUACACCCGUCCAGCCGCAAUCGGAAAUUGUAUGCGCCGCUGGCCAAAGCGCCGUGCUCAAUGUAAGCGUUUGCAAUCAGUCAGCACAACCGUUGCGCAAUCUCGUGCUCACCAUCAAGUUCUAUCAGGACUACUUGAAUGGCAUGGAAAAUUACAAUUUGGAUACGCGCGUUGCAAUAUCCGGGCCUAAUAGAGUUUCCAUACCGCUUCUUCAGAAACACGCACAAAUUCAACACGAAUGCACGGUGAUCUUCUUUACGCCCGGUCGCUUUAAGGCAAGUAUACAGUGCUGUUCUAAGCCCCAACCUCCAGCAGUGCAACCAGCUGGCGUUCAAACGCUUGAUAGUGGUGCUGCACCAGCUUUGCAAAUUAAUGAAAUUGUUGGCAGCACGGCAAGCUAUCAUGAACAACAGGAGCAUGUGUGGAAAUUUAUACCGCCCAUUGAGGUUACCGUAAUUGAGCAAUAAUGCGAAAUAUGCAUGGUUAUAAGUUAUCUUGUAAGGGCAGGCAAGAAAAAGGUUUGCAUAGGUUCUGUACAACGCUUUGCUGCUGCGUGGUUGGCUAGUGUUGCGCAUUGGUGCUUUGGAACAGCUUUCACAUUUCUACGCAAACACCAAUUGAAUUAGUACUAUUUCGACGUUCGAUUAAUUAAAUUGCGCUUACAUUUGAUAUGGAUUAAUUUUUUGAAGUGUAUUUAGUCCAAUAUAUGUAGAUGCAGUUUUUUUAUUAGUUCGAGUAGCUGAUUGAAAUAAAUGUGCUGUACGAUUA